AUGACCCGCUGGGGCAGCCCGGGGACGAGCGUCAAGAUCCUCCUCCUGCACCUGCUGCUCUGCCUGGGCAUCUUCUACACCCUCUACUAUGUGACGGGCAGCAUCUGCCACGGGGCUCUCAGGCUCGACACUUUUGAUGGCCUCAUCCCCUUUGAGUUCAGGACCGAACCGUCCCUCUCCAACCCCAAAUAUCUGGGGGGGCUGCUGGCCAUGGAGCUGACAUACUUCACCAGCAGCAUCCUCUUCGCCGCGCUGCUGAAGCGCUGGGUCUGGGACUACGCCGUGACCGUCACGCUGCUCCACGUGCUGCUGACCUGCCUCGUGAUGGGACAGUUCCCGCUGGUGUGGCAGUGGUGGCUGGCGCUCGGGAGCGGGCUCAUCCUCAUGGUUUGCACUGGACACCUGCUGACCUGCUCCAUUUGUCCCCGCUCCGGCUCAUCCAUCUCGGAGAGUGACUGA